ACCUGGGUCGUCCAGUAUAUAAAGGAAGCGGACACUAUUCACAGUGUAAGGCAGGCACUUCCAUCUCUUCUAUUAUACCUCCUGUAGUGAUCUCUCUACUCUCCUCCCCGCUGCUGCCUUCUCUCCGUUCCUGCCCGUAGACUCGACCGGGGACGCUGAUUUUGAAGCGGUGCGACUGCUCUUGACCGCAACACACCAUGGCACUGGCGAGAGUCGAGACUGGCAGCAAGAGAGUGGCAGCGCUGAUCGUCAUCCUGCUCCUGGGGAUGCUCGCGUUCGCUCCAUCUGCGCUCGGCCGUCCGGUUCCCUCAGGUUGGGACCUAUCUUUGUCUACGGGGUCUUCCGAUUCCACAUUAUGGAGGCACUUCACCACCAAAUCUCAGGCUUCGGGUUAUCAUCGAUUGCUUCUCGACAUGGAGAAGUCCUUGGAAGUCGCGACGAAUUUGCCCGAGAACGGCGACGAGAAGCAGGCUGCCCCCAUCGACUCGUACGCCGAAGACGUGUUCACCACCAUGGACUACGCCAACCCGAGAAGCAACGCCAGUGGCUCCUCGGAUGACUUGUCGCCACCCAUGCCUUGAAGGAGAGAAAAUGGAGCUCGUUUUUUUUAAGAAUCUCAUUUGCCGCCUGAGGAUCGACACCUAAGACCAUGCACCCCAUCGAAUUUUGUUCUGUGUGCUACGACACGCGGACUACGCUCAAUAUCGUUCCAUCAAGCAAGUGUGACGUCAACGGGUGUUUCGAAGAAUGUGGAUUGAGCUUUCUCAUUUUUGAUAGUGCGUUGGCUAGCCUUGUUGGCCAACCCCAUAAGCCGAUUCGAAGCAACUGCUGUACACGAUCACGGAUACUGCUUGGUUUGCUACAUGUGCAGCAAUUUCUUCGUCUUCAGAUGAGAGUAGAUGUCUAUAUCCGAGUCAAAUUACGAAUAAGAUUUUUGGGUGCAGCCUAUACGAAUGCUUACUUACAUAUACAUAUCGGCAGAAGUAGGAAAAUUUUAAAAUUUGAAGACGAAGUUUGAUUGAGGUCGGCAGUAAGUCGGCCAUGUGCAUAUUACCUCUAUUGCAAUACGUGCGAACGUAUCUUGCAAUAUCUGAAUAAAAAACACUUCGGAUUCUUUC